UCUAUUAAAAUGAAGGCAGGCAAACGAAACCGUGGGAAGGGCUCCCAUAAGAAUAGAAAAGGUAAGGCUAACAAAGGAGGCCAACCUACUACGAAUGGAAAUACCAUCACCAACCGCAAUUCUAGUACAGCAGGGAAGAAUUCUGAUUCCACCUCUAAGUACAAGAGUGAUCACAAUAGUGCAGAAAAUGGGCCAAUCACUGAGAAGGGUGCCAAAACUCUAAUGAAAAGGACAAUGCUCAAUGGAGAAGAGGACUCUGGGUCUAAACCUUCUCCUUACUGAGCAUGGAAUGAUGAGAUCUUAACUAUAGAUAGUGGAUCAGAAGCGAUCUACACAUCUGGAUUGGGCAAGAUGAUACCAAGAGGAACUAAUGUUGCUGAUCCAGACCACUCUUCCACAAAGAAGUCCAUAUCAUCACUAAAAGAAUCCAGUCAUCGCAACUCUUCUAGAAGAGCAUCAGCAGCCAAGGAAAGAACCGAAAUAUGAAAGGAUGAUCCCAGCUCUUUUAACCGUAAGAGGGUCAAAGAAGGAUGACCAGAGAACGUCUCUGGAACCUUCCUUCUGAGCGAUGACCCAGACGACCAAAAAUAUAUGUUUGGGAAUGACUGGUCAUCUGAAACUAAGUAUCCUUUUGAGGUAAAUAGCAUUUCCCAAUUCGGACUCGAACUCAAUGACAAUAGAAAGUUGUCGGAGUCAUUCAAAUCUCCAUUCUACAAGUACUAUGGAGACUCUAAAGUGGAAGACCUUAAAACAGUAGAUUUCAGCAAAAUGUUUGCUGAGCACGACGAAACUCUCCUUUACAUAUUCCAUUCUAUGAACGAACUAGGGAUCAAAGAUAAAAGCUCUAAAGAGCUCACCAAGAAAGGAUGGAAGUUUGACUCUGACUCCCAGAGAUGGAUCACUACUAGAGAGGCUACACCGAAAGGCAAUAAGAGCAAUGGAGACGGUAAAGAUCUCCUAAAGUCCAAAUCCAACACUCGUGGAAAGGCAAGGGAUAGUACAGAGAUUCAAAGGUGGAAAUUUGACAUCGACCAGUGGAAUCUAGUCCCUCUCAAAACCUCAGAGUCCAAUUGAGAAACCGCUGCCUCCACACGUUUGGGCAGGAUUGACUCCCCCACUGACUAGAGAAGAGGAAACAAUGAGAUAUUAAAUUAGACCUGUUGAAGAGUGGAAGCAAAGCUUGAGCAAUUGCUUCUGACUAUCAAAAUUUAGUCUCAAAACUCCUCUCUAGUCAGUACUAAUCUAAUAAUCUCGUUUUCUCUUUGAACGUACUGAAUUGGUCUCUUUGCUAGGCGCUGUCAGCUGAAACUUUCUGUGAACAUUUAGAUAAAUUCGAGUAUUUUAAAAUAAAAUUGCCAACUGGGAUUUCCAAGUAAGUCAACUAGGAGGGAAGACACAGAGAUAUGCACCCUAGACUAGCCUGAACUUGACGUAUAAGUCCAGGAAAGCUAGGCCCAAGCCCAAUAUUUUG